UCCUCUGGCCACCGCUGAGUUUUCCAAACUUGCUGGCAUAUUGAGUGUAGCACCUUAACAGCAUCAUCUUAGUGUCCUUUAUUGGCAGCGCUGGAUGCAGCUUGUCAAGUGCUGAAACGGGAUGAUGACCUCUUACUGUUUUCUACCUCUAUGGUCCCCUGAGCCAAAGGGGACACAGUUUCAAUGAAGUUUUCUACCUCUAUGGUCCCCUGAGCCAAAGGGGACACAGUUUCAAUGAAGUUUUCUACCUCUAUGGUCCCCUGAGCCAAAGGGGACACAGUUUCAAUGAACACUACCGGUACUCGGUCGAACUCUGCCUCUUCAAAGCAAAGUGAGCCUCCGCCGUUGUCGGCAUAUGUCUGUCUCGAGAGACAACGGAGGGGUGCGCCUUUGGGGGUUGAAUCCUGCAUCGCUAGAGAGGUAAAAAGGACAGAGCGGCGCCACUCCACGCUUGUGCCAAAGCCCGCUUUCGAUCGACAACCGGAAGUCUCGGCCUUUGCAGUGAGACUGUGCCCUUUGGGGGGGAAAUGGCGUUGCGGCGGCUGCCAAAUGAAGUCAACCGAGAGGCGCCGCCUAGAAGGGCCGCGAAGCCUCUCCGACGGAGCGCCGUUUCCGGUCUGAAAGGGAGGCUUCCCUCGUUUCCCUCUCCUUGACCGGAAGUGUACCUGCGCUCAUGGUCUGGGCCUGGUUCCGUUUCUCUGAGGGCGGCGGCGGCGUUUCCGCUCUCGCUGUUGGCCGCGGAAACGGGAGAAGCGGAGCGUCUGGACUUUUAUGUGGAUGGCAGUUCCUGAAGGAUGAACGCCAAGUAUGCUGUCCUUGCAAUGCUGUAUUUUGUCCAAGGCAUCCCAUAUGGGCUCCAGUCUGGGCUGCUGCCUAUCUACUUCCGCACGCUGGGCCUCUCCUUUACCAAGAUCAGCCUGUCUAAGGUGGUUUAUUUGCCCUGGAUUCUCAAGAUGCUCUGGGCACCCCUGGUGGACCAUUACUUAACCAAGAGGACGUGGCUGCUGCUCACCCUGUAUGGCUUCGUGCUGGCCUGCCUGGCCUGCUCCCUCAUGGCCCCCGAGGCAAACUUCUUCCUGGUGGCCAUCGUCCUCCUUCUCAUGAACUUCUGCGCCUCCAUCCAGGACGUUGCGGUGGACGCGAUUGCCAUCCAGCUGCUGACGCAACAUGAGAUUGGGUACGGCAACACCAUCCAGGUCGUGGCCUACAAGCUGGGCUCCGUCUUGGCAGGAGGGGGCCUGCUCACUUUCCUCCAUCACCUGGGCUGGCAGACCCUCUUUGUGGGCCUGGCCCUUCUUUAUGUUGUGGCCAUUGGUGUCACCUGGAAUGCUAACCUAAAACUGAAAGUGAGGUUCGAUCCUCAAUACAGUUGGGUCAGGUUCAGAACCUUAAACCCCUGCCUCAUGCUCCAAGAGCUUCUCAAGGUGCCGGACACUCUUUGGACUGUUGGUUUGGUGCUGCUCUAUAAGUUGGGUGAACAAGGGGCCAUAGCCAUGUUUCCCCUCUUCCUACUGGACCAUUCCUUUUCCCCACAGGAGCUUGGCUUCUGGAAUGGGAUUGUGGCCAUGAUCUUCUCCAUUAUAGGCUCCUCACUUGGAGGCUAUCUGAUGUCAAAACAGGGGAACCCCUUUUCUAUGCUGAAGAUCUUGAUGGUAUUCCGCUUGUUCAGCCUGGUCUUCCAAACACUCCUGCUGGUUGCCUAUGAGGACGAAAAACCAGUCUUUGAAGGUGAGCUGAAAGCAGCCCAACACAGCAGCUGUUUCUCCUGCUUCAGUCUCAGUUCAGAUCUCAUCCAAGAGUCCUAAAGUCACAAAUGUGUUUACUGUGGUUUAUUCUCCCCACCCUGAAUC